GUUGCUCAUGCUAAUGUUGCUCAAAACACGUUUGUGAUAAAUUCCCCACUGGCUCCACCAAUAAGGAAACUAUAAACUUGAACCAGACUUUCAGUUCCCUACUGUUUUUAUUUUGUGAAUAGUGUGAUUUGUUCAGGUAACAUUCAUAUCUGUAAAUCACGCAUUUAAGAUCUGUAUUUACUUCGAACAGAAAUGAAGAGGGUGUGUCUUUUGUUUUUUUUCUAUGUUGCAGCGUCUUUCGCCAGUGCUGAUGAGAUGAAAGCAGCCACAGUGUACUGGGAUGCUACACAUAAGACUGUACAACUGAAAGAAGGAGUGAUAGAAAAAGAGGGGGAUGCAUAUGGAUACCUCAAUGACACCCUCUCUCAAACGGGAUGGAGUGUACUGGAGAUCCGUGCAGGGUAUGGGGAGACCCUUGAGCAUGAUGAGGUCACCUAUUUCCUUGCGGGAUACCUAGAGGGCUUCCUCACUGCACCGCAAAUGAUUAGUCACUACGCCAACAUGUAUCCCCAGCUGAUCAAGGACCCCAAAGUUUUAGGUCCAGUGGAGCGCUUCAUGGUGAAGCAGGACUCGUGGACCAGGGAGCAGGUGAAACUGAACAGGAGCACUGAUCCUCUAUGGCACCACACCGGCUUCAUAGUUGCCCAGAUGGACGGACUUCAGGCGGGGGUCGCACACUGGGCCAAGAAACAAGGGAAAGAGCCUCUGUCCCUGUUUGCUGUCCAGUUCCUGAAUGCGGUGGGAGAUCUGCUGGACCUGAUACCAGCCCUGGUCCCUGGCACUGAGCCACCUCUCGGACAUUUCAAAUUACCCGGAAUGGGCCACUGCUCUGCCCUCAUUAAGAUGCUCCCUGGGUUUGAGAACCUGCUGUUUUCCCACUCUAGCUGGUAUACAUACGCUGCCACCAUGCGCAUAUACAAGCACUGGGACUUCCACCUCAGUGAGCCCCACACUGCCACGGGCAAGCUGUCCUUCAGCAGCUACCCAGGCUUCCUGGUGUCUCUGGAUGACUUCUACCUCCUGGGCAGUGGCCUGAUGAUGACCCAGACCACCAACAAUGUCUUCAACACGUCCCUCUUCUCCCAGGUCACGCCCCACAGCCUGCUGGCCUGGCAGAGGGUGCGUCUGGCCCACACCCUGGCACACACUGGGGAGCAGUGGGCCAAUACCUUCUCCAGAUACAACUCUGGGACCUAUAACAACCAGUACAUGAUAGUGGACAUGGGAAAAGUGACCCUGGGCCAUAGUAUAGAGGAUGGGGCUCUGACCGUGGUGGAGCAGAUUCCUGGCCUGGUAGAGUUCUCUGACCAAACUCGGGCCCUGCGCAGGGGUUACUGGCCCUCCUAUAACGUGCCUUUCCACCCAAAGAUCUACACCCUGAGUGGCUAUGGGAAGAUGUGGGAGGAGUACGGGGAGGACUUCUCCUAUGACCUCUGCCCCCGGGCCAAGAUAUUUCGUCGGGACCAGGCUGAGGUUAAGGACCUAGACUCCCUCAAACACAUCAUGAGAUACAACGGUGCGCCUACGUUCCUUGCCUUUACCUUGGCCAUUUCUUUUUACUCUGACUACAAAAAUGACCCCUACUCCAAGGGUGACCCAUGCAAGUCCAUCUGUUGCCGUAAUGACCUGAGGGAGAAAGACCCCAGCCCAGGAGGAUGCUAUGACACCAAGGUGACUGAUUUCCACAUGGCGCAAGAGUUCAGAGCGGAGGCGGUGAACGGUCCCACGACGCAGGGUGACCUCCCUCCCUUCUCCUGGGAGGACUUCAAUAGCACGGCUCACCAGGGUCUGCCAGACCACUACGACUUCCCCUUCAUCAGCAUGCAGCCUGCACUCUUCAUGCCCUGAGAGAGGUGCCAUGGGGGAGGAGGGAAAAGGUUGGAAGAGUUGCCUAUGGGGUUAGGGUAAUGGAGGAGGGAGGUUAAUGCAGAUAGACUUUAAUACUAUCACCUUUAUUUACAGUCCAAUAUAGUAAAUCAGCCUCGGGGACAAAUGCUGCAAUAAUGAUCAAGCUUCAAGGAAUUCUUAUUUUAUCUGUGUUUUGUCAAUAGCCUACCAACUUUUCUAUUCAUGCACUCAGUUGACCUAUGUCUUGGACAUUGACUAAGAGUUGCUGCUGUACUGCUGUCAUUUAGACAUAUUUUGAAAGAUGCUGAAUCAAUGUAGAAAAUGAUUGAAGCCUGGCUUGUUCGGUGCCAAAUACAAUUUUUUUUAAAUUCAGGUCAAUGACCUAAACCUAGAUUAAAAUUCAGUACCCUUUCUGUUAUAAUCAAAUCCUGACCUUGAAACUAAUUACAAUCAUGUUGUCAUAUGUUGAAUUCACUAUAUGAUAAUAUCAAUGCAAUUCUCAGGGCUCUUAAUCUCAUGUUUGUUGCAUGGCCUGCUGCUACGGUGUGUGUUUCUAUUUUUAUACAUGGAAGAAUAUCUUUGAACUUUGUACUUGUUUGAUGUCUUGGAAAGCUGCACUUCAGAAAUGUAUUUUCUAUGAUCAUUGUUAAUAAAUUUCAACAAUUCCCAUAA